GUAUACUUCAGAAACUGGAGAACUUUUCUUAAAAUGGAGGGUGUCAUUGCAUUAUUAGGGAUGAUCUUCAUUUUUCCAGUAGCUCAAGGAACCAUCCCUCCACAUAGCCCUCUUUUGAUACAAGCUGGUAAAGAUGCAGUGUUUCGAUGGACUACUGAAAAUGGUAAUGAAGUUGUGGCAGUCUCAUGGGGAUUAAAGAAAGACAACAGGAUAUAUCCACAAUUCAUUUAUGUGUCCAAGAUAAUACCAGCAAAAAACUCUAAGAAAUAUAGUUUUGCUGGAAAUUUAACAAUAGGACGAGCAUGGUUUAUACUAAGUAAUGUGCUAAUCAAUGAGACUGGUGAUUAUGCUGCUGACAUCCGUGAAAAAGGACAACAAGCUGGAAUUUUACAUGCAGCUCAUUUACAAGUGUCAGCAACGCCAAAGUUUAUAAUAAAACCAAACGCCAGUACAUCUGUGAUCGAAAAUGCAGAUUUGGAAAUUAACUGCACAGCUAGUGGGCCUCCUAAACCAAAUGUCACAUGGGUGGAAGUCGGUAAAGGUGGUAAUAUCACUACAAAAGCACAUGGAAGAGGAAGUGUUAUGUUAAGUGAAGAUUCUAUUAAGAAAGGGUCGCAAGGGAGAAUAUUUGUUUGUCAAGCAAGAAACAACCCAAGCCAAUAUCCAGUAAAUGUAACUACAACAAUUACAGUAUACUAUCCGCCACAAUUUACCACAAUACCAGACAACACAACUGUUAGAAAAGGUAAUAGUGCUUACCUAAGAUGUAAGGCAGAUGCUAGUCCCUCUGCAACCAUACAGUGGUCUAGAGAAAAUGAUAAACCUUUAAAACCAGGACUUUCACAAUCCGAUGGUACACUGGGUAUCAUUACUGCAAUCAGUUCUGAUGCUGGAAAGUACUUUUGUACAGCAAUAAACAGUUUUGGUGGACAAAACUACAAUGCAACUGUAUAUGCUUACAUUGCUGUUGAAUACCAUCCAUCUAUUGUUUAUAAUUCAAGUAAACACACAGUAAAUGAGAGUGACUCAGUAACAUUGACAUGUAAAGCAGAUGGUUUUCCAGUGCCGAAGAUUUCAUGGACCAAGUCAGCAGGAAGUGUCACCCUACACAAAACUGGGAAUAACUACACUAUUUCCCAUGUCAAUAGAUCAGAUGAUGGGAUAUACAUUUGUACAGCCAGCAAUGGAAUAGGGAUUAAUGCAACUGCAAGAAUUAAAGUAAUUGUACAAUACAAGCCAACUAUUGACAAGGAAUCGUCAAAUAAGUCCCGUGUUGAGUCAUGGAAUGGCCAUACAAUAAAGUUGAUUUGCAACGUGUUAAGCUCAUAUCCAGCGCCAAAAUGGUCUUGGAACAAAAGAAGCGAAAUCAUUAAAACUUCUUCUUCUAUUUCAAAUGACAGUGAGAUAUUAGUAAAAACCGAAGGUAUUGCUGAUUAUGGACUUUAUAGCUGCACGGCGACCAAUGUGGCUGGUAAAGAUGUACAUUUUAUCAAUGUAACCCAAUUGUGUAAGUAUUUUAGUGAUGUAAGACCCCCAGCUUCACCUGUUUUAAAAACAGUUAAAGUAAGUCCAACAACAGUGACAUUGAGCUGGUCAAAACCAGAAGAGAAUGGAGGUGAAAUACAACACUACACAGUCUACAAGAAACUUACUGGUGAAAAUGAAUGGUCACAGGUUGGCACACUUUCAGGUGAACCACUCACAUAUACGGUUAAAGAUCUCCUUCCAGGCAAGACGUACAGUUUUCAUGUGACUGCAAAAAAUAAAGAUGGACCCAGCUUAAAGGGUGAAAAUGCGAUAACCGUGACAUUACCUGUUGAAACCACUAUUGCUCCCACAACAAGUGUUAUUGGCAAGUCCACAGCACCAUCAAAAGGAAAGAGUUCAGGUGGUGAAAGUGACCCCAAUCAGCCUAUCAUAAUUGCGGGUGCUGUCGUUGCUGUGGUUUUAAUAGCGGUUACUGCAGUGAUAUCGAUUGUUAUCCUGAGAAAAAAGAACGCAUUUGGUAAAUCUGGCAAAAAAAGGGAAUCAAAUCAGCAAAGUGCUGCUUACCAUAAUGAUGUUGAUUCUAGUGAUUCAAUUGGUAGAGGAGCAGCAGCUGUCACUCUUAAUGAUGACAGCGUACCAACCUACGCAGCUGUAGACAUGACCAAGAAAACCAAGAAAAAGAACGAGAUCCCCAACUACGCUGCUGUUGAUAAAUCCAAGAAAAAGAAG